UAUGGUUCCUAGCCAAAUUAGGGCGUCUGUUGUUGAAGAACUUCCGGAAGCUAUUUUAGGAAGAAUGCCCAAUCAAAAUGCCUUAAGAAAAGUAGUACAAAGGGCGCGUUAUAUUGAUCGAAAACCACCAAAAAUAAUUACAAAAACAUCUCCAAAACAUCGCAUAGAUUUUUCAUACUUACAACAACAAGCACAAAAUUCCUCAUCUGCUGAUGCUGAUAAUGAAAGUUUUGUUUUGUCAGAUUUUAAUGUUGGGGCUGAAGAACAAGCUGAAGAACAAUUAUCCGUUUUUGGUUACCCAAAAUCGUUGUCUGGAAGUGUUUGUAUUAUUACUGGAGCAAGUGAAGGUAUUGGUGCAUCAAUAGCUCAAGCAUUGGCUCAAGAGACGGGUGUUUUUGCUGUUUUGGCUUCUAGACAGCUUAACCUUUUGGAGGAUACAAUUAAACGACUACCAACAGAUCGCUUUAUCGCCACAAAAUGCGACAUUACUAAAAGGACCGAAGUUCAAGAAUUGGUUCGACAGACAAUUCACAGAUUUGGACGAAUUGAUAUUUUGAUUAAUUGUGCUGGUGCUAUGUACUACACAAUGGCUUAUAAAGGAUAUACUGAGGAAUGGCAUCGCCAAAUUGAAGUCAACAUUCAUGGAACUACAAACAUUAUUGGUGAAAUAAUCCCUCACAUGGUUGAACACCAUUCUGGCCAUAUUCUUACAAUUACUUCGGAUGCUGGAAAAAGGGCCUUCCCCGGUUUAGCUGUUUAUUCUGGCACAAAAUUUUACUUGGAAGGCUUCAUUUCUGCUUUGCGUCAAGAACUUGUUGAAUAUGGAAUUAGAUUUACAAAUAUACAACCUGGGGAUGUUGCUACUAAAUUGGCUAGUCGAUCAACGGAUGUUGAGGCACGUGAAAAAUACGAUGGAUCCGAGGCUGGACACAAAAUUUUGACUGGAGAGGAUAUUGCAAGGUCUGUUCUAUUUGCACUCACACAACCACAACAUGCUGCAAUUAACGAGUUAUUAAUAGAACCUCAAGCAGCUCCUAUUUGA